GAGGACCCCAAGCUUUGCCAGGCCCCCUGGCCAGCUGCCAGCUGCCAGCUCACAGGGCCAGAGCCCCACCUCUCGGAACCUCGCCCGCUUUCAGUCCGGCCCUGUUUCUGCUUGUAGGAGAAUGUGGUCUCUGGCCAUCCCUGGAAACGGAGGCUCCAGCCCCACCACAGCCCUGCCUCAGCUCCCGUUUCCAGGAGACUGGGGGGAAGGCAUUUCCUGCCUGGAGGUCUCGGCGGCUCCCAGGGCCAUGGAGACCAGCGUGGAAGCUGGGAGGGCCUCUGUCCCCUCCCACUACACUGCCCCGGCCAGCGGGAGGAAGAGGAGGCCAAGGGCCUGGUCAACGGCAGGAGCCCAGCCCCAAGGAUGGCCAAGUAGGGACCUCAGCCUGAGUGUCACCCACGGAUCCACCCCACACACGGCACCUUCCAGCAGGGCCUGAGGCCUGAAUAGAUCUGAGCCCCAGGCCCUUCCUCAGUCAGCAGUCAGAGUACUCCCCUGCAGCCAUGUUCAUCACCGUGAUGUUUGGGGCUGGCUGCCGGGAGCUGGUGAACCCGCGGUGCAGCCCGGUGACUCUCACGGCCCACCUGCGGCAGAGGGGGCGGGUGCCUCCUGACGCAACCAUCGCCCUCCUGGCUGAGGAUGGGCACCUGGUGAGUCUGGGCGAUGGCCUGGAGGAGGGGACGACACAGGCCCCCUCCCCAGGCAGCCCCCCGCUGCUGCAGGAGCGUGGCACCUACGUCCUCGUGCAGAUCAUCCGCGGGGAGGGGGGGGCCCCCACGCGCUAUGAGUCCCUGCUGGAGGACCUGGAGGUCCGCAGUCCAGAGCUGGCCGAGGUGCUGCGCGGCCUGUCGGGCCUCCCCCCGCUGGACAACGGCCGGAGGAGGCGCACCGGCACCCGAACCCGCACCCGGCGUGGCCACCAGGACCCAGGCCGUCCGUCAAGGUCCCAACGGCUGGGCUCCCUGAUGCCCAGGCCCCGCUAGCUGGGGCCAGACGCCGGGAGGCGGCAUGUGAAUCAUCCACCCCCCCGCCCCCUUCAACCACCGAGCUCCCGGGCAGACCAGCCAGUGAGAUGGCACACAGCGGGCUCUGGUCUAAGAUAAAC